AGAAUUAUAAAUUUUAAAGAUAAUAUGGAAAAUUUCGUUCGCUCUUUGUCGUAAAUCGUUAUCGAUCCGACAAGCCCGGUUAGCCCGGCGCAACCGGAUGGUCCAACUGACAGCUGCUUAAAAUAUUUACGUCUGAUCCCAAUAUGAAAUUGAAUUGUGAUAGUAUUUGUAUAGUUUUUUAUCAAUUCGAUUGCUAUCCUACUUAAAAAGGGCGACUACAAUGGCAAGUGAAGAACACCAACGUUUAUCACAAUAUGUGAAAGAUGUUCAUUCUGCUCUGAGAAGAUCUACACUAAAACUAGGAGCAGAGAAGGCAUGGCAAAAGCAUUGCGAAAAUAAAGAAAAGUUAGCCUCGUAUGCUAAAUGUAUGCAAACUUUAGCCACUGCUCACUGGGAGCAAAACAUUGCCGACGACUUAAGCAAAGCUAACUCGCGAAUUAAGUGGACAGUAGAUCUGUGUAAUGAUUAUUUUGUAAAUUUGUUCUACGAAUAUUACAGGGAAAAAGACUAUGACGUCGCAAAAAAAUUAAAUUUAACUCUAGAUACUAUAGAAAGUUUUUCAGAAACAUUGAAAUUCAUUGAUGUUGGUAGUUGCUACAAUCCUUUUAAACAAUAUCCCUUUUUGGAUGUAUUUGCGAUUGAUCUGUGUCCUGCCAAUGAUUCCGUAUUCCAGUGCGACUUUUUACAAGUUCCAGUGGGAGAUAAGACUGUUGUUGGAAAUUCCCAGGUCACUCAACUGGAACAAUGUUCAUUUGAUGUUGUGGCUUUUUGUUUCUUUUUGGAAUACCUCCCUAGUUCCCAGCUGAGGAUAAAUGCUUGUGAAAAAGCAUAUGACAUAUUGAAACCGGGAGGAUUAUUAGUAAUAAGUACACCUGAUUCCAAGCAUGUCGGUGCAAACAGUAAGAUUAUGAAGUGCUGGCGUUAUUCCUUAGCGCUGAUGGGAUUUUCAAGAAUAAAGUAUGAGAAAUUCAAAUAUAUGCAUUGUAUGGCAUUUAGAAAGAGUUUACAUCCAAACAUAGCAAAACGUUGGGCAUAUUUAUACAAGGAAGCUAAUAUGGAAUAUGAAAUCAACAUUCCUCAAGAUUUUAACAAAGAUGAUGACUAUGUUGACUUGAAUGCACCAUCAGGAAGCGGUCUGAACAGGGUUGCAUUUAAACCCGAAGAUUUUCAAGAAUUACCUUUUUGUAAUGAAGAUUUUUAAAUUUCAACUACUCUUAAGCAUAUAACUUUUUUAUUGUGAUGACUAGGAUUUUGUGUCAAAUAAAACAUAUCAAUUUUGAUAAAA